AUGAACUAUUUAGAGCUGGUAACGACAAAAAAUGUGGUGUCUGCAGCUACCAGUGCUGGGGCCGCCUUCCUGAUAGCCAAAACCAUAUUGGCAGGGAUCAACAGCCCUCCCUACAGUCCUGAGCAACUAUCAUUUGCCAAAUUGGCCAUCGCACAUCAGAGUAAAAGUGAGAUAGAAUCCAGAGAACUCAGGGGACACUUGUCCUCUCUCAAUCCAAGGCUAGAUGACUACUCCAAGAAUAUGAUACUCCAUGGCAUCACCCGCUCUGCUUAUCUACUGGACACAGAGGCAUCCUCAUGUACUUAUGAUGACAUCAAACUAGUGGCAUCAUUCCUGGAUGAUCCAGAUGUGGGCAUCAAGAUUCAGACUCUGCAUGCCCUCAAGGCCUUUGCAGGCAUAUGGAAGUUUAGAAUUAGAAUCCAGGAAUAUAUCCCCAAGGUUCUUGAAAUCAUUACCGAUAUAUGGGAUAGUGAUGUGCAUAUUGCUGGACUAAGAUUACUCAACGGGCUGCAAUUGCCAGAUCACUUGAAUGUGUUGCUGAGAAAACUUCUGCCGGCCCUCAUGGAGAUACUGCAGAUGGGAAACACUUUGUCUCAGGUGCAGGUUCUAAAAUUCCUUAGCAGUUUAGUCCAGAAGGAAAACCUCCUAUUUGACAUCAUGAAUUGCCAGGUGCACCCUGAAUUCAUCAACCUAUUCCAAACAUCCCGGCCUGGAAAUCUCCUCUUUGAGUUGCUGGUAUUUGUAGAACGACUUUGUGAGGGUCGCUUGACUCCUCACUAUCAGUCAGUGCACUGGGAAUACAAUGAGUUGUCCCUCCAUGAGGUCCUGUUUGGAGAUGACUCCCGUCUAGCCGAUUGUCUUCUCUCCCUCAUCAUUCAUCCUGAGGAAGAGGUACAGAUCCAGGCCUGCAGGGUCAUCUUGAAACUCCAGCUAAAUGAGGACGGCGAGAUUGUUGGCAUCCAUGGAACCGAUUCCACCUACAGUACCCUCUCUGACUGCAACUUUGAUCACACUGUUUUUGAAGCUGCACACUGAUACUUUACAGAGU